ACGCGGCUCAUCCCGGAUAGCCAAGAAUGCACUGACUCUGGCCUAGCUGGAAGUUUGCAAAAACUUACAAAAUCAUUCGUCAAUAGGAAGCAUGUAAAUUGGGUGAUAAAAAUGGUUUAGAAACAACUAAACUUAAUUUUAAUAAUACCACCAUAUAAAUUCUAUAAUAUUACACUACAGUAGAGAAGCUCACCCUUUUCUAUUAGCAUGAGUUUAUUGUUAAUUUAUUAGCAUUAUGCCUUAUUAAGAUCAACAGUAAACUUUACACUAAUGAGACUUAUCUACUUCCUCAAAUCAUGAAAACAAAACGCAUUUUUUCACUAGUACACUUACUGUGUGCAUAAUUAACAUGAAUUUCAAAUUCAAAUAACUAUUUAAAAGAUGCUAAACAACGAAAAACAAAUGUUUCUUUACUGAUAUCUUUAAGAAUAUAUUUUUAAGGUAUUGUGUUGAACACACAUUUGCAACUUCUAUCCUAGUAGUAGAGCUUCAGGCAGCACUUGAAAAAUUCCAAACAAAGCAAAGUGGAGGAGAUUAAAAAAAUAAACAUUUAAUGUUUUGAAGAUUCAAUAUUAAUAAGUGAUAAUGAUAUACUGCCAUUGAAAGUCAGUGUAUUGUGUUCCUCUAUUCUAAUGAUUCUAGUGUCAUACGUUUUGUAUUUUAAUGCUGUAAUAAUUGUUAAUGUAGAAGUGAGUCCAACUCUAUGUCAUUAUAAAACUAAAAGAAUAGGUAAAAACUAUUAAUAUUUAAAUUGAAAAAUACAUGAAGUGAUUUAAAGAUCUAAUAUUGCAGAAUAGAUGCAUUUAAAAAAAACUUUAAUAAAGUAGUUGAAGAGUAUCAAAAGACUUUUGAACUUUUGCAAUUUUUGAAAUUCCAGUGGUUUCAAUGAAAAUUGGACUCAUGUCAUAUUAAAUACACAGCCUUUGUUAUACUCAAGCAAAAAAAUUUGGAACCAUCUUUAUGAUUUUUUUUUUGACACAAUUUCACUCUAAAUUUUGAAAACACUUAAUGUAUUUUGAAACAAUUGUUCUUACUAAAUCUAAUUUUAAAGACUAGAUAUCAUUACAAGAAAGAAUCUUUCUUCAGUGUUGUGGUUGACAGAGAGGGUUCAAAGAUUUUUAAACUUUUCCAAUUCUUGAAAAUUUGGACUUUUUUGGCCUUUCAAACAAAUAAAUUUUUAAAAAAAUUUUGAGCUGUUUUGAGAAAAAAAAUCAAAUUGUCUUAGGAACUUCAUGUAAAAUACUAUCCAAAAUUAAAAGAUACUAGGAGCUUCAUGUCGCCCUGUUGAUUGACAGGGGAAUUUAGUGAAAAUUCCGUAUGUGGUUUAGGUGCUAAUGUAGUUCACAGAUGAUGUUUUCAGGAUCAAUGACUCUCAAACAUGUAUUUUAAUUAUUUAUAGAACAAAUAUAAAAACAUUUAUCAUCAGGACCCACAAAACCCUUUUUCUGACAAACAUCACUACUUUUUCCUGCAGCAUUACGUAACUUUCAGAGUAUAAACUGUAUAUUCACUAUACAAAGUAAUUUUAAUAAUCCUUAUCUAUCUAAUUCAGUAACCUAAACUAAGCUCUAAUUUUUAACUACCUAUUUAAAGAUGCCUUAUCACAUUAAUUAUCAGUUAUCAUUUUCAUUCUAUAUAUUGUAAAUGUAAAGAUAAAAAUUUUCUUCAUGUACGAUGGGAAUGCUCUAUUAAACUCCAUUUUCUUCAACAGUUAUUCAAGUAACACCACCACCACUUACUGGAGCUCCAGAAAAUAUACUGACAGGAGAAGUCAACAAGAAUGAGGAUGAAAGUCAUCCAAUGACAGAAGAAGAACUAGUAGAGUUAAUGCUAGGUCAUGCUGAAGUAAUCACAGGAAACGCUAUAGGGUAGGUAUAUUAUCAUAACUGGGACUAUCUCUUAAAUAUUCUCAUAGAUGAUGUAGUUAUAUUUUAUUUGUUGUAUAAUAUACUUAACCACAUUUAACUUAAACAUAUAAGGUGAACUGAGUACCAGCUGAAAACAAAAUAUUGAAAAUAGUAAACCUUUAUUUGAAAUAUAUUUAUUAUGUCCUAGUAAUUUAAAUAUCAUAAGUUUAAUUCAAUUGUAAAUUAAAAAAAUUAUCAUCAAAGAAAAGAGUAUUAAAUGUGGUAAACUUUUACAGCUUUGUUUCAGGUUAAUAGUCAACUUAUGCUAAUCCAUUUAGUAUAAGUAUUUGCAAACUUCGGUAAUAUUUCUUAUCAGUUUAGAAAAAAAAUCUGAAAUUCAAACUUUACUUUCACGGAUAAUAUUUUAUCUAUAUAUCCGUUUUUCAAUUAAUUAAAAUAGCUUGUAAUUGCCUUUUAAGUUGACUUCAUCUUAAAAUUUUAAAAUAAAAAUUGUGAAUAAAAUUUUUAAUUCUUUAUGAAAUUAUCUUAGUGAAUAAAUUAAUUGUGAGCCAUGAAUUAUCCCAGUUAUGUUAUCACCUAGGGUUGAUUUCUUCAAAAUGGCUCCCCAAUGUGAGGUUAUUGACAGGUCUGAGGUCCUUCAGGCCAUAAAAGAUGAGAAAGUAAAUGAAGCAAAGAGAACCAUAAGUAAGUUUCUUCAACAACCUGACCGACCUAAAGUGAAACCAAAACAAAGUGAGACUCCUGCAGCAACUCCUUACAAACCACAGAUCAUAAUACCUAAGAAAGGGCAGUCAGGACCAGAGGCAGAAAACAAAACAAACCAACAGCCCUCAGAGGAGCCAAGUGAAGAAGAAAAACAAGAGCAAACAAUUCAAGAAGAAAAACAAGACGACAAAGCAAUUCAGGAGGAAAAAAAAGAUGAGCAAGAAAUCCAAGAGGAACAAAAAGAGGAAAACAAUCAAGGUGAACAAACAAGGCCAGUGGAACAAAAAGAUAAAGAGGCAGUGGAACAAACACAGGAGCAAAUUCAAGAGCAGGCCAACUGGGACUCUGAUCUGACUGAAGAGGAGCUGGCCAUUUUAAAGGAAAUGGCUGCAAUUAACUCACGCAUAUUAGAUUUCAAUCAGCAAACAGAAAAUGAGACUCAAAAUCGUAGCCCUGAGUUUGAAAAACAAAUGAGAAAAAUUAACGAGCAACUGGUUAACUUAUUAUGCAUGCCAAUGGAUAUGCAACGGUCGUUAAUGCAUGUUAGAAAGCAACUGGAGGAUCUGAGAAGACUUAAAAAUCCUCCCCCUGAGCCUGAACCAGAGCCUGAGCCUGAGCCUGAGCCUGAGCCAGAACCUCAAGUAGAGCCAUCUGAUCAAGGAAGUGUAGCUGGGAAAACUCCUACACCAACACCAGGAAAUGAAGACCAAAGUGGAAAAGUUUCUCCCCACGAUGGAGAGUCAAACCCAGAAGGUCAUCAGGAAAAUCCUUCAGGAAACCCUGAAGAAGGCACACAAGAAGCUGAACCUGAACCUGAACCUGUGGAAAUAGGACCUCCAAAACACCCACGGAAAGAUAUCAAGUGGCAGAAAGAUCCCACACCAAAAAAUAAGCCUUUUUUUCCAUUAACUCCAAAACCUCGUCCUGUAGUCUUGCCACAAGAUGCACCUCUAUUUCAUGACAAUGAAUUGUUUAGUGAAGAUUUUAUAGCAGAAACUCUAAGUGGCAAUGCUGAAGUUAUUCAGGGUAAAGCAAUUGGGGUAAAUUUCUUGAAGUUUAAGAAAAAUUAUGACCAUCUGCAAUCAUCAAAUGUUUAUCAAAUGAUUCAUAAUGAAGAGAAAAAUGCACCAAAUUUUCCCUCAAGGUCAGGUAAAAUUCCAUCAAAAGAAGAUUGUAUAGAAAACGCAUCUACUGGUAAUUAACGAGUUUUCACCCAAAACAUGAAUUUUCAAUACUUCUUUGAUAAGAGGUCUUGAAAUUUCUAAUGAAAGUAGUUAUUAAGAUGCUUUACUAACUCCUCCAUUCAUUCGUAAAAACUUUUAAAACUGAUAACCAACUUCUAACUUUUCAUUUAUGAUUGUUAACGAAAACAUACUAGCUAUUUAUGGCACAAAAGAGGUAAGCAAAAUAUUGUUAAGUGAAAAUAUUCCAAAUUUACUCAUUUUCUGAGGUGCAAAAAAAUUAAAUUUGAAUUAUCAGAUAUCAUAAAAUUUAUAACCCCAUGCUAUCUCUUAUAUUGUUAUUACUGCAUUGUUAACAAUCAAAAUUCAAAAUGAAAUAUCUAUUAAUAAUCUGCAUUUGUUGUUGAUGACCUAAACAACACAGUAUCAUAUGUAAUUCCAUGAGUGCUUUGGAAAUUAUUGAUAAAUUCCCAACCCACGAAGCGAGGAGGGGAUUUAUCUG